GAGCUAUCAGGAUGGGACUCGAAGCAAUGGAUUCUGAAGUCAGUGAGUCUGUUAUGAAGAGAGUUUAUUACGCUGCAAGAGAUGGAAUGGCAAUAGCCCUUUACGCCUUACUCAGUGAGAGGUGGAGGCAUGUUGACGAGCUCUUGAAUCAGAAAGUAAUAGAGGAUGACGGACAGCAAUGUACGCCAUUGAUAGCUGCAGCAAGAUAUGGUCAUAGUAAGGUCGUACAAACCUUGGUUGAAAAAUUUCGUCCAAAUUUAGAGCAAGAGGGUACUGUAAAAUUCGAUGGAUGCGUUAUCGAAGGAGCAAGCGCUUUAUGGUGUGCAGCAGGUGCGGGGCAUAUGAAUGUAGUAAAAACACUGGUUAAGGCUGGUGCGAAUGUAAAUCAUCUGACAAAAACCAACUCUACACCUUUGCGAGCUGCAUGUUUUGACGGAAGACUAGAUAUAGUUCAGUAUCUGACCGAGCAUAAAGCUGAUAUACAUAUUGCCAAUAAAUACAAUAAUACGUGUCUAAUGAUUGCCGCUUACAAAGGACACCUGGACGUUGUGAGCUAUUUACUCGAAAUUGGAGCUAAUCCAGAUGAAGAGGCACACUGUGGUGCGACGGCAUUACACCUAGCCGCUGAAUGUGGCAAUUUCCAUGUUGUCUCGGAAUUGCUUCGAUAUGGGGCACGCAUGACAAAGAAUGUCAGUGGUAUGACGCCUCUAAUUGUUGCCGCAGAGCGCACGAGAACUAAGGUUGUGGAAUGCUUAGUUGAGAGGCCGGAAGUAACCACGGUUGAAAAAAUUGAAGCUUAUGAGCUACUUGGUGCAUCUUACGCUAACGAUAAAGAUUACUAUUGCAUUACGACAGCAUACCAGUAUCUGCAUAAAGCGAUGCAGCUAAGAUAUAACGAUCCUGAGAACAUAAUACGUAAACCGGUAACAGAACCGAUACCUGCCUAUGAAAAUUGGAAAGAAUCGCAGACUUUAGAACAAUUGGAAAACAUAAUGAACAAUCACAAUGCCAUUCAUAUGGAGUCGCUUGCAAUUCGAGAGAGGAUAUUAGGAACACACAAUCCAGAAGUGCCUCAUCCGAUAGUAUUUAGAGGAGCUGUUUUUGCUGAUAAUGCAAGAUUUGAUAGAUGCAUUGAUCUGUGGCUUCACGCCUUGAAACUACGUCAGCUAAAUAAUAUUUCUGUUGUGAAGGAUUUACUCCGAUUUGCGCAGGUAUUCUCUCAAAUGAUACAUGUUGGGGUAGAUCUCCAGCUCACCCAGGUUAUCGAUGUCCUAGAAGCUAGUGUGAUCGAACUUAAGAGAAAUAAAGAGAAGACGGCCAAUCCAGAACCCAAAGAUGAUGUUGUACAGAUCACUGAAGAGAUGCAAUCAAAUAUAACAACAGCUCUUUACAUCCUAACAAUUUUAAUGAAGCUAAUGAAACUUAAUGAGAAGGGAGAUGAAAAGGAAGAGAUCAGACGGGCGCAACGAUUAGUGCACAAUUUAUGUUCUCUUGGCGUAACUCUUAGAGAUGGUCAAACCCUUCUACAUCUUGCUGUAAACUCAGAAACACCUGUCGAUGAUUUUCAUACCAACGAUGUUUGCAAGUUUCCCUGCGCUGCUACAGCAAAGUUUCUCAUUCAGUGCGGUGCCAAUGUGAAUGCGAUGGAUCAUAACCGAAAUACACCUCUUCAUGUGAUUGUCGGUUAUCAAAAACCCAUUAGUGACUUUUUGACACUCCAUUCUAUAAUAAUCGACCUCACGGAGGCUGGAGCACAUAUGGACACAGUUAACAUUAAAGGAAAGACUCCAUACGAUGCCUCUUCUACCGGUGUUGCCGAGAUAAUACUUCGUUCGCAAAAUAAAAUCUCAUUGAAAUGUAUGGCAGCAAAGGCAGUUAAAACGUACAACUUGAACUACAGCGGUAGCGUACCACGAUGUCUUGAGAGUUUUAUAGAACUUCAUGGACCCGGACUCAAUCAAGGCUAACCAGAGUCAAUUUUCAAUCUCACACAAGAAGGAUUUGAUGUGAUGUUCUCUUUUCAGAGUUUCUUUUUGUCUCAAAGAUAGGUAAGUUAUUGCCAAUAUCGACUAUAGCGAUUCAUUUACCGUGCAAUACAUAUCCGUCGCGGGAACAUUUUCGGCAUUUUCUGAAUCGACAUCUGAAAGACAGCGAAUUGCAGUGAGUCGGUAUAACGCGGAGAUAGUCGAGUUCUUCAUAACGAUAUUAGGGGUGGGUGAGAUCGUUACAAAGAUCUGAAAAAAUAUCAAAGCCUGCGAUAUUUGAAACAAGAUUAUUUGUAUACAUUCGUACGACAUGCUUGGGUUUUGUCAAGUAAUAGAUCUUUGUUUCCGGUAUAUUGUUAUUUUCAAAAGUAAAACUGCGGUGCAGUUUAUUAAUUGAUCUUGUAACAAUGAUAAAAGUGUAUUACGUACUAGACCACGGACCUAUCUUGAGAUGCCAACGAAUGAGCUGUACAAUUGAUGCCUUUUACAUUAAUAAUUUGAAUUGAACGGAAAAAGUAUGUGAGAAAUGAUGCUGUGAAUAAUUGUUCAAUGUAAAUCAGGUGAAAAUAUCAUAGAAUUUUUCGGUACCCUGAAUCUUAUUUGUAUUUUUAAAAUUAUCAAUGAAUUACCAUUUGAAAUUGUUAUUGUUUGGUGCAAAACGUGUCUAUGAAGAGAUUAUACUGAGCUGUGCGAGAUGCGCAAGCGAAAAUAUUU